AUGGCGCAAACAUUUAAUCAACAACAGCAAGUUCAACACCAAACUCAAGCACCAGAAUAUACUUUACCUGGUGUACUCCAUUUCUUGCAGGUUGAAUGGAGACGUUAUGAACGUGAUAGAAAUGAGUGGGAGAUCGAACGUGCUGAGAUGAAGGCACGCAUUGCGUUGUUAGAGGGAGAGCGUCGAGGAAUUGAAAGGAUGAAGACAGAUUUAAUGAGGCGCAUUAAAAUGUUAGAAUAUGCUUUAGUUAAAGAAAGGGGUAAAUAUGUAUCUAACACAAAUAAUAGUCAGUCAAAAGAAACAUUUACAACAGAUACACCUGCAAAUGAAGAAGGACCUGAUUCACCUAUAACGCUUAAUAAUAAUAAUGCAAUUCCACAGAAAUCAUCGCCGUCAAUUGAACCAUUAACUACAGAGACAUCAAAAUACAAAAAUUUGGCUUUAUCUAGAGAUCCUAAAAAUCGUAUAAAAAGCCGAGAACUAUUAAAGGAUUUGGAUGGAAACAACAAUAAUAACAAUUCAUCAAGGAAGCUGAAUAAUAGAAGUGGCACAGUAUUACUCGGAAUAAAUACAGAUUCCUACAACGAUUAUAACAGCGGCAACAACAAUAACAUUAAUAUUGAUCAUACCAUGUCAACAAAAAAGCCAAAUAAUGUUGUAAUAAGGCCUUCUAGACCUGCACCAACAAUACCACAAGUAACUUCACCUAUAUUACCAACUAGUUCUUCUAGUCCACCACUAGAAAAUCAAAUCCCUUCCCCAAUAAGUUCUAAUUCACUCGGACAACAAAAAGAUGAUGAUUUAUUAUCUUCGGAUCGAGAAGAUGCAUUUUUUACUCAAUCAAAUAUGAAUGACCUUUCAUCAAAAAAUUGGAGUGAAUCGACGGCCAGUAACGAUGAAAAUCGAAUUCCCUUUUCACCUGGGUUAUACCAACGUACAAAUCUAGCUUCAAAAGAAAUUUCGGAUGAUAAUAAUGAGUCAGGAUCUUAUAGUCCAAAGGCCGAAGAAUUCCAAAAAGAUGAUGAUAAUGGUAAAAGUUUUGUUGAUCCAAAAAGUGAUGAUAAUUGGAAAACAUUAAAUGAUCUUAAAAACAAAAAUAAAGCAGUGAAAAAUAAAGAAAUGAAACCUGAAGAAGAAGAACAAUUGACAAAAGAUCUUCAAGAAAAAUUUAAACUUUCAGACGGUGAUUUGUCAAGAGUGUGGAAAAAUACAAUGAAGCAAUCGAAUAAUAUUUCUGACCCACAACUAGAUGGUUUGAAAUUUUCUGUUGAAGAUGAUGAAAAUCUACCAAAGCCAGAGCUUGAUGGUUUUCAAUCAAAUGGAACAGAUAGGAAAAUGUGGAGGCCAAGAUUUACAUUAAGAGGUCACCUUGAUACCAUAAGAAGUCUUUCGUGGCAUAAAUCAGAAUUAAUGUUUAUAUCAGGAUCAGACGACGGUACUUUAAAAUUAUGGGAUCUCAAAGGGCCUGCAAUCAACAAGUAUGAGUUAUGGAAAUAA